AUGCCCUCCAUCCUGGAAGACCCCUCAACCCGCAAUCCCCCACCAAAAGCACACAAAGAUGCAGCGCCGACCCUAACGGCGAGGAAGACUAUCCUCCCCAAAUUCUCCUCUGCGCCGAUGACACUCUAUCCCAUCACGGAAGGGCCCCAAACUGUUCCAAAAGAUCUUAUCAAAUUCCUGCACGACGAGUUCACCGCGGAGAUCCUCCGCGGUGGGACAUACCCCAUGGAACAGCCGAUGCCGCUGGAACAGUUUGCUGACUAUUGGUUCGGGACAUUUGCGGUUUUAGCGAUUUUGGACGAUGAGGGGGGGGGGUUGAGGGAGGGGAGGAACUGGGAGAGUGUUUGUUUGGGAACUUUUUAUAUCAAGCCUAACUAUCCUGGCCGCUGCUCCCACAACUGCAAUGCGGGCUUUCUCACCACCACUGCCGCACGCGGUAAGGGUGUCGGACAGGCUAUGGGCGAAGCCUACCUAGAAUUUGCCCCGAGAUUGGGAUACACUUACUCUGUCUUCAACUUGGUCUUCGCUAAUAACCCGGCCUCUAUCCGCAUCUGGGAGAAGCUAGGAUUUAGCGUUAUUGGGCGGGUUCCCAAAGCUGCGCGGUUGGCGAAUAGCGAGGAGUUGGUGGAUGCAUUGAUUUUCGGGCGUGAGCUGGGAAAUUAA